AUGGGGAGUCUUGCGGAAAACAUCGGAAAAUCCCUCAGCAAGCUCCAGGUUGUUGAAUUGCAUCCAUACUUCGGCGCUGAGAUCUCGGGAGUUGACGUGUCGAAACCUAUACCAAACGAUGUCUUCGAGGACAUUCUUGCAUUAUCCGCGAAGUAUGGCGUCCUUGUCUUCCGUGCUACCGAUCUAGAUGACUCCAGUCAUAUCAAGCUCGCUCGUCGCUUUGGGCCCAUCUUAAACAUGAGUCAGGUGCUUGCAGGUCAAAAAACACGGCUCGGUACUUAUGAGCUUGCCGACCUGAGUAAUGUCGACAUAGAGACUGGAGAACCUGUGGCAGUCAAAGGACCCAAUGACCGCAUCGCUUCAUUCUUACAUGCUGAUCUUGCCUACAGCCAGCAGCGUGCAUCAUGGAGCCUCCUAAGAGCCUAUGAGAUCCCGCCACUAGGUUACGGCGGCGACACAAUUUUUGCCGACACUAGAAAAGCGUUUGAAGACUUGAACGAAAUUGAGCUGGGCUUGAAAGAGAAGCUGCUGUCAAAAAACUAUGUUGGUGCUCACUCCUGGCAGCAUUCCCAGAAAACGAGCAACCCGGACAUAUUCAAAGACUUAGACCCCUCGGCCUACCCUAUGGCUAAGCAUCCUCUAGUUGAGCUCCAUAAGCCGUCCAACAGAAUGAACUUAUACAUAGGAGUGUAUUUGCACCAUAUCGAGGGUGCGACCGAUCAGGAGGACGAGAUUGUGGGGCUCCAGCACACGCUCCUGCAGCACGCCACUAAAUCGAAAUAUCAGCUCAACGUGGAAUGGCGUAACCCAGGAGAUUUGGUUAUAUGGGAUAAUAGGCACGUCAAAACUGUCGAAGGAGGGGUUCUUGAUAAUAAUUACGUUACUGAUUUCUUCGGCAGAACGGUCAUGCACAAGGCCGGCCCUAGAAUUCACGCUGGAAAGUUCAAGAGGGAUUUAAGACGUGCAACUGUACUGGAAGUUUGA